GCUUAAAUCGGGGUCGGGGCCGCGGUCCCAGGGGCAGAGGGAACAAAGGGAUGGGCCGGGGCCGAGGCCGGGGCAGGAUGGCCAAGGGCAGCGCCAUGAACGACGACGACGAUUACUACGACGAGGACAUGGACGGCGGAGGCGGGAGCUACCGCCGUGGGGACCACGACAAAGGCCACCUGCCCGCGGACAAGAAGGGCAAAGUCAUCUGCAAAUACUUCGUGGAGGGCCGCUGCACCUGGGGCGAGCACUGCAACUUCAGCCACGACAUUGAGCUGCCGAAAAAGAGAGAACUCUGCAAGUUCUACAUCACCGGGUACUGCGCACGGGCAGAGAACUGCCCCUACAUGCACG